CCGCUGAAUUUUGGGACCACUGAGUCCUACAGAAACACUGCCCCCGUCUCUGUCCUUAGCCUUGCUUGAUAGCCUUUUCCGGCGCCGAGUGGAAAUCGAGAGAAAUAAAUCAUAAUGAGUUAUGCAGAAAAGCCGGAUGAAAUAACCAAAGAUGAAUGGAUGGAAAAGCUCAAUAACUUGCAUGUGCAACGAGCAGACAUGAACCGACUCAUCAUGAACUACCUAGUCACAGAGGGCUUUAAGGAAGCAGCAGAGAAAUUUCGGAUGGAGUCUGGGAUCGAACCAAGUGUGGACCUAGAAACACUUGAUGAGCGAAUCAAGAUUCGGGAGAUGAUUCUGAAGGGUCAGAUCCAGGAGGCCAUCGCCUUGAUCAACAGCCUCCACCCAGAGCUCCUAGACACAAACCGGUAUCUUUACUUCCACCUUCAGCAACAACACUUGAUUGAGCUUAUCCGUCAGCGUGAGACAGAAGCAGCAUUGGAGUUUGCCCAGACGCAACUGGCAGAGCAGGGUGAGGAAAGCCGAGAAUGCCUCACAGAGAUGGAGCGCACACUGGCCUUGCUGGCCUUCGAUAGCCCUGAGGAGUCNCCCUUUGGAGACCUCCUCCACAUGAUGCAGAGGCAAAAGGUAUGGAGUGAAGUUAACCAGGCUGUUCUGGAUUAUGAGAAUCGAGAGUCCACACCCAAGCUGGCAAAAUUACUGAAACUGCUACUUUGGGCUCAGAAUGAGCUAGACCAGAAGAAAGUAAAAUAUCCCAAAAUGACAGACCUCAGCAAAGGUGUGAUUGAGGAACCCAAGUAGAGCCUGUGCAUGGACCCAACACUGUCAAUAGGCACAGGACUCUUCCUCCUCCGGCUGUGACUGGCAGAUUGUCACCNCAGUNGAGAACCUUUCCCCCGUACUUUUCUUUGGCCCCAUUGUUUAAAAGGGGAAAAGGGCCUUUUUAAACCCUGGCAAGCCCAUGAUGGAAGACACCACCUCUGCCAUGCCCUGUAUCCCGAGAGCUGCACACACUGCUUCCAGAUUGCUGGUUCCAGAAGAUGUAAUUUGCCACUGUGUGCUGCACGGCUAGGGAGUGUCNUCUCAGCUGACGGCCUCACCCAGGACAGACAGACAGACAUGAACAUUACUGAUGUGCUUUUCCGACCUGCUAUGUGCAGGCAGGCAGGGGUUAUCUUCCUGGGUCUCACAGACCUUCAUGGUUUUCCUUACCCCUUCUUUUCUUUUUCUUCCUCAUUUUGUUCCUUCAUAGGAAAAAAAUGUAUAAAUUUGUAAAUCUUAAUUCAAAGAUAACUUUUGUGUGGGUAUUGAGUUUGGAUCGGUUUUUUGUCUUGGUGUGGGCUGUGUGGUGCUUGGGAGGGGAUGUGUGUGAGAGAGGUGAGGCUGUGGUGGUUUUUAUUUUUUAAAAUAUAUUUUUGGUGCUGUAUGUGAUGAGAGACUCAUUCAUAGUGGAUCAAUGAAUAAUCUCUUGUAGGUAACUUUAUUUGAAAAUAAAGAUUUCCUUUUACUUCCAGAAUAA